AUUAAUACCAACACGAAACAGGCUAAGUAGUAGUAGUUAAAAAAAACAACCAAAAUAUAUAGGUCGGAUCUCAUUACAAUAAUAAUAAAUAAUAAUAAUAACAACCACUACAACAACAACAAACAGCUUUAACAUAUAUAGGAAAAUAUGGUGGGUUCAAAAGCACAACAGCAACAACUACAACAGCCAAGUACUCAGCAAUCUAGUAGCAAACACCAUCAUCUUCAUCACACGGCACCGACUGCAAUUCAAACAGCAGUUAAGCAUACCCAUCAUCAUGCCGCAGCGUCACCCGCAAUAUCUGUCAAUUCACCGUCAUCCCUAUCCACCACCAGUAGCAACAAAGACACAUUAAACGGCAGCACCAUUGGUGGUGGCGCUGGCGGCAGCAUGGUCGAGAAUCCAUCUAGCCAAAUGUACUCCUCUCCCAGGAGCUUGAACAGCAGCAGCAGCAUUAGUAGCUGCUUCCGCAACAAUAGCAUCAAUAAAAUUAGUAUAAAUCCAUUUCAUUCACUUAUUGGAUCGCACCCAUCUGUCUCAUCGUCAUCGACAUCCAUAGCUUUUGAUGCGAACAUAAACACUGCCUUAUUAAGCAAACAAAAAUAUGCCCAAAAUGAUUACAGGAACAGCAAACCACAACUGCAACAACAAAAAUCCCAGCCACCACCAGCAGCAUAUGAUGGUGAUAAAUCGGAUGGUGCCACCAAGUCCAAGGAAACUUCAUCAAGCGCAGCACAGAACACAACAUAUUCCACUCACUACAACACCAUCACCACCACCACACCGGCAACAACAAAAGAUUUACUGAAGAAUACAAAUGCAAAAACAAUACCCACAAAUACUCCAACAAAGCAACAACAACAAACAUCUGCCAAUAAACACCUAACAAAGACCACGACCGCUGAACCGGCUAAUGCAGAAGGUUCGCCCACACACACAACAAACGGUGACAUCCAGGCGAAGUCGGUGAGCAACGCCUUAGUACCCCUGACAGCUACCCAGAACAGUCUGUUCUCAUUCCACGAACAAAUCCUAAUGUCUGGCCAGCAGAAGAGCGCCUUGGCCGAAAAGCCCAAGCCCUUGAUAGUGUCACCGCAGCAGGUCAUGGUGCUAUACAUGCACAAAUUAACGCCCUACGAACGCACAGAAAUAUUGGCGUACCCGCAAAUUUAUUUCAUUGGUGCCAAUGCCAAGAAACGCCCCGGUAUCUUUGGUCCCAAUAACUGUGAUUAUGACAAUGAGCAAGGUGCCUACAUACAUAUACCCCAUGACCAUGUGGCAUACCGCUAUGAAAUGCUCAAGGUUAUCGGCAAAGGCAGCUUUGGCCAGGUCAUCAAGGCCUUCGAUCAUAAGACACACGAGCAUGUGGCCCUAAAAAUGGUGCGUAACGAAAAACGUUUUCAUCGCCAGGCCCAGGAAGAGAUACGUAUACUGCACCAUCUGCGUCGCCAAGAUAAAUACAACACCAUGAACAUCAUUCACAUGUAUGACUAUUUCACCUUCCGAAAUCACAUGUGCAUUACAUUUGAGCUGUUGAACAUCAAUCUCUACGAGCUAAUCAAAAAGAAUGGCUUCAAGGGAUUCUCGCUGCAGUUAAUGCGUAAAUUUGCCCACUCCCUACUGCAGUGUCUGGAUGUCCUAUACAAGAAUGAGAUUAUCCAUUGUGAUAUGAAGCCCGAAAAUGUAUUACUCAAACAACAGGGUCGUUCCGGCAUCAAGGUUAUUGACUUUGGUUCUUCGUGUUAUGAAAGCCAACGUGUAUACACGUAUAUACAGUCGCGUUUUUAUCGGGCGCCCGAAGUUAUUUUGGGUGCCAAGUAUGGUCGACCCAUUGAUAUGUGGUCACUGGGCUGUAUAUUGGCGGAACUAUUAUCGGGACGUGCUUUAUUCCCCGGGGAAAAUGAAGCAGAUCAAUUGGCCUGCAUUUUGGAAGUUUUGGGUAUGCCACCCAAACAUUUAUUGGCCAAUUCUAAACGUGCCAAAAUGUUCUUUAACUCGGAGGGAUAUCCUCGUUACUGCACCGUACGCAAUAUGUCCGAUGGAACUGUGGUGCUGGUAGGUGGACAAUCUCGCCGAGGAAAGACUCGUGGACCACCCGGCUCUAAGAGUUUGUCAAAGGCUUUGGAUGGCUGCAAUGAUCCUUUGUUUUUGAACUUUAUACGUGGAUGUUUAGAAUGGGAUCCGGAGAAGCGACUUACUCCCGCUGAGGCACUGAAACAUCCUUGGCUGAGGAGGCGCCUGCCAAAACCACCCAGUAGUCAUCCCAAUGCCAUAAGCGGUAGCAGUGGUGCCGGUAGCACAUGUGAUGAAAAAUCCCCAAUCAGUGCAAAUCCGAGCAGUGAUAGCGGCAGAGCCAGUGGCUCCUCGGCCAAUACGGAUAUUCGUAAAAUUGGCCAUUCUAAAGACUGCCUAGCAACACUCACCGCCAUUGGCACCGUGGGACCCUUGGUGUCCUCAUUAAUCUCAUCGCAACAACAACAAUCUACAGAUUCUCUGUGGGGCCAUCAUCAAACAUCGAGUACAUCUCACCAGAACGAUGCAGGAAAUAAUAGGACAUAUAGCAAAUUAUCAACCACCUCCGAAUUUCUGGGUGCGUAUACUACGGAUUCGAACUUGAUCCAUUUAUCAUCGGCAUCGAAUAGCAAUACUCAACCGAGGCGUGGCAGUGAUAGUCACUCCCUCUCUUCCAAGUUGUCGGCAUCAAAGUCAACUGAGGAAUAA